AUGCAUUACCGCUUGCGUACAAUUCCCCGUACCGACCGUACACACGCGCAACGGAAAAUCCUCGGUCGUCUGCCACCUGUCACUGCGUGUCCAUUUCUCCAUGCUUCGUCUUCCCCAGAGGGCCGUGAGUGCGUAAACUGCGGGGCUACUAAUACCCCUCUCUGGCGGAGAGAUGGACAGGGCAACUACUUGUGCAACGCUUGCGGCCUGUACCAGAAGAUGAAUGGCCAGAACCGGCCAUUGAUCAAGCCGAAGAGACGUCUGGUACCUUUAGAAGGCACAACUUUCAGGCUCGCAACAUCAGCUCGAUUGAGCGUUGAGCGGAGGCACACCCCUCCGACUUGGCCACAUCUUAUGCCAUGCAUUCGCAGCCUCCGAGGUCUACUGGUCUCCCGUGGCCUUACGACAAACAUGUUUGAUAUUCCUGUGGUCUGA